UCGUCCUGUCAAUCAUUUUCUUCUUCGUCAGCCUCCCUUCAAUCGCCAUAUUGGGCAACCGAGAAAAGGGCUCGUCUCGCCUUGUUUUUUUCCGUCUCGCUUUUACUACGCGGCGGCGGUGCGAGCGGCGGGGGCAUCACCACCACCACCACCACCAGCACCGCCACCACCACCACCACCACCAGCACCGGCGGCGGGGCAGCGCGGAGCCGGGGCCGCGGAGGGCAGCGCCGCUGCCCGCUCCCCGCCGCGCACCGCUCCUCUCCACCCGCCCGCGGCUCCCCGCCGGCGGCGGCGGCAGCAGCGGGCGGCUCUCGGGGCUCAUCCCCGGGCCGGCGCUUAAUGCUCGGGCACCUCUUCGCCCCUUCUCCGCGGGCCGAGGGCGAGCGGGGCCGAGGCGGGGCCGGCGAGCGGGACAGCGGGGAGAGGAGGCGCGGAGCGAAGCCGCCGAGCGCCGAGGAAUAAAAGGCGGAGGAGAAGAGGAGGAGGAGGCGGCUGGGGGGGAGAGCAGCGAGCAAAACAACCGCCGCCAGAAGAAAGAGGGUGGGGGGAGAUGUCAAACGUCCGUAUUUCUAAUGGGAGCCCUACCCUGGAGCGCAUGGAAGCCAGGCAGUCGGAGUACCCGAAGCCGUCAGCUUGCAGGAACCUCUUCGGGCCGGUGAAUCACGAAGAGUUAAACAGGGACUUGAAGAAGCACCGCCAGGAGAUGGAGGAGGCAUGCCAGAGGAAGUGGAAUUUCGAUUUCCAGAAUCACAAGCCGCUGGAAGGCAGGUACGAGUGGCAAGCCGUGGAGAAGGGGAGCUCGCCCGACUUCUACUUCAGACCCCCCAGGCUACUGAAAGCUGUCUGCAAGUCCGCUGGUCGCCAGAGCUUGGAUGUAAACGGGAAUUGCCAAACCGUGGUUUUUGUCGGUUCUCAGGGAAUCUCAGAGGACGCUCACUGUGUAGAUCAAAAGACUGAUGUUUCUGAAAAUCAGACGGACUUUGCAGAGCAGUGCACUGGGCAGAGGAAAAGACCUGCCACCGAUGAUUCCUCUCCUCAAAAUAAAAGAGCCAACACAACAGAAGAAGAGGUUUCAGAAGACUCCCCCAGUGCCAGUUCAGUGGAGCAAACACCCAAGAAAUCAAGCCCGAGAAGACAUCAAACGUAAACCGUUUAGAGCGGAGGAUGUGCGCGUCCUCCUUCAUCGGGGCGAUGAAGCGAGGAAGAUGUAAAGUUGUAGUGGAAACGAAAAUGCAUAUCGCCGAUCUCCGUGGGAUGGAGGUCCUGUACAAGCACUGAAAAAAAAAAAACCAACAAAAAACAAAAAAACAACAAACAACAAACCAACAGCAGCAAAACAAAAACAACCACAAAAAAAAAAAGGCAAACAAUAACACUAAAAUUUUAGGCACUCUUCAAAGACCUGCCUCUAAAAGCAUUGGAUGUAGCAUUGUGCAAUUAGGUGUUUCCUUAUUUGCUUCAUUGUACUACCUGUGUAUAUAGUUUUUACCUUAUGUAGCACAUAAACCUUGUUGGGAGGGGGGAGGGAGUGGAAGAGGGUGAGCGAUUGGAACUUGCUUUCACAAUCUAGCAAGCAAAGAAAUGUAUGAAGAGAAGCAGUGUAGGUUCUUUAUUACUUAAAGAUGUAUUGUCCCUUUAAGUGGGUCCACCAUGUUUUUCUCCUUUUUUUUGGGGGGGGUUUUUGGUUUUUUUUUUUUUUUUUUGGAUCUACCAUCAUGGUAACCCCUGCUCAGAGCAGAUUAUUACAGGCCACUUGUGAAAUUUCUUCCUACUGCAUUAAGCUGAAGAGGUGGGAGCUGUGAUGAUUCCGUUAUGUAGUAGCAAAAGUUCCCCCCCCCCCCCCUUCCCCCCGACCUCAGAUCCAUAUAGCAAAUUCAAAUGCCUGUAAAAGUCAUGCGAAAUCAUCCUGUUGUUCCAUUGCCUGAUUUCCUCUUUGUGGUUUUUUUUUGUGUGUGUUUUGAUUUUAUUUUUUUUUAAUUAAUAUGGAGGGCUUUUGCUCUGAAUCUUGAAGAUUGUUGUUUUCUGAUCUGACCCGCUUCCCCGAAGUGUUUGUGUGUGAGGGAAAAGGGAUACUACAUCUUUAAACAGUAUUUCUACAUUGCCUGUGUACCUGUAUGUAAAAAUAAAAAAAAAGUUUGAAGUGUA